CCCAGCAAGACAAAACAUUGAUAAAAUAUUUAAAAAUGAUAAGAAAAUAGAAAUAAAAAAUUUUCAUUGAUCUUCCACUUUCUCUGACCUGAGGCUGAGUAAUUUUUUUUAAUAAAUAAAAAUGGGAGACAACAGCUCGAGUACCUCUUGUGACGAUAAAUCCGACUUCAAUGAGAACCCUACGCGAGACGCUUUGGCUGAUGGUUUGAUGUCAUUUCUCAAACCUAGAGUGGAUAAUUUAUACAAAGUAGUCGAUACUGCAAAAGAAUCUCAGCUUAAUUUAGCAUCGCAACUGGAAUCUACAUUGAAAGAUUUAGAUCAAAUUUUUCAAGGGGAAGAUAAUAACGUACAGUUGCAAAAAUCUGCCGAAACAAUCGCAGAGAUGAGACACCAAAUUACAGUAAUCGAUAAUGUGCUACAAUCUGCUUCUAGUCGAUUGGAUAACGUCGUUGGUAAAAUGCAAGCUCUACAGAAGUCGAGGAAACCGCAUUUCGAUAAUUUCACUGGCUCGGAAAAAAAUUGAUAUGGAGGUCAAUUCGAUUGGAAACUCGCGCGUCAUUAUUCAUGAUAUUGUGAUAAUUCGUAAUUUAAUUUAAUACCUACUCCUUUUGUAUUUAUUUUAUUGUAACUUGUACAUAUCGUAUUCCAAUACAUACUUAAACUUUUUAAAAUA